AUGUUUAAACCGGGAUUGCUCCUGCUUUUUAUUCUGGAUUUACUCUGUAUGGUGAACACUUUAAAUCCCACAUUUUAUCCUUGUGACAAUAACACCAUCAGCAAUGGAGACAUACAUUUGGAGUGCAAGCACAGAGAACUCACUAGAAUCCCCAAAUUUUCAUCUUUUUUCAUCACCUCAAUCAACCUUGAUGAAAACCUUUUAAGUCAAAUAAAAAGUGAUGAUUUCUUGGGUAUUCCCAAUCUGCAGCAUCUUAGUUUAUGUUGGAAUUGUUUACCUGGUCGCCUUAAGGCACUAAAAUUGCCUUCAUGCAAAGUGACUAUUGAGCAUAAUGCUUUUGUUAACCUUAAGAACCUUACCACCCUUUAUUUGGCUGGAAAUAGUCUCAAGACUAUUCCACUUUUACCCCAGCGCCUUGAGGUCUUAGGACUGGAAUACAACAACAUUUUCCGCAUUGAACAACCACUGGAAACACCUUUCCUCAAAGAACUAUUUCUUGCAAAGAAUUGCUACUAUGCCAAUCCAUGUAACGAAUCCUAUUUCAUUGACCAAAGAGUGUUUCAAGAUUUACCAAUGCUGUGGAACCUUACUCUUGGUUUUAACAAUGUUACCUCUGUUCCCACUCAACUGCCACCCUCACUGAGAAGUCUUGACCUGAAAGAGAACAAGAUCACAGAAAUUACAGAAGAUUCUUUUGCAAACCUUACUAGGCUUAGAUACCUUAAUCUAGAAUGGAACUGCCAAAGGUGUGAUCAUGCAGCCCAGCCUUGUUUUCCUUGCCCAAAUAAUGCAUCACUGGGACUGCACCAAAAUGCAUUUGUUGAUCAAAGAGACUCUCUUCUUAACCUGUGUCUCAGGGGUAAUUCACUUCGCUCUCUUCCUAAAAAUCUCUUUUCCCAACUAAAAAGACUUAGAUCGCUUGAUCUCUCCGACAAUUUCCUGGCCUACCAAAUCCGCAAUGGCACAUUUUAUGAGGAACUGCAAAGUGUUGUGUCCCUUAGCCUUGUCUAUAACUACGAACCUCUAAAAACCUUUCCAGAGCUGAUCCUGUCAGCCUCCAUGAGCAAAAUGAAGUCCUUGAGGAAGCUGUUUUUAAGUGGGCUCUUCUUCCAUCACGUUUCCAACCACAGCAUUGAGUCUCUCAUUGAACUACCCAAGCUUGAGUAUAUUGAUCUACGCAUGAACUUUAUCAGCUCCUGCAACAUCACUGCACUCAACCAGAUAAGAGCCUUAAAAAGGGUGAUGCUUUCCCAGAACAUUUUAACCUUCAACCCAUGCUAUGCUGUCAGCUCUGCUCAGGCCCUGACCCUGGAUAGAUUCCAGAGGGAUGACAACCUUCAGAUUGAAGAAAUGCCAACACUCAGUUCAGAGCUCCAGAUGAGAUCUGUAAACUGCACUUUGACAGACUUUCAGAAAAGCUUUUACACAGCAUCAAUGUGGAAUUUUGAAAAGUGUUUUUGCUAUGAAAAGGUAUUUUUUUACCUGUCUCAAAACAAUAUACCAUGGCUGAACGUAAGUACAUUUGAAGGAAUGGAGAAUGCUGCAUGCUUGGACCUGUCCUUUAACUACAUAAGUCAAGCUUUAAAUGGUAAGCAAUUCUAUUAUUUACGCAAACUGAUAUUCCUUAAUAUGGCCUACAAUCGGAUUGACCUUUAUCAUAGUGAGGCUUUCUAUGAGCUAAGAAGCAGUCUCAAAGUACUUGAUCUCAGCAACAAUGAAUUCCAAUUUCUUAUGAGAGGAAUGGGCCAUAACUUCACAUUUACAAAACACCUUGAUACACUUGAAGUUCUUAGUUUAGCUAACAAUAACAUUGGCAUUAGGAUCUCUACCACUCUUAAUAGCACAUCUCUGAAGUAUCUCUUCUUCUCUGGAAAUCGAUUGGACAUCAUGUGGGACACCAGAGGAGAUCAGUACAUAACAUUUUUUCAAGGAUUGAUAAAUCUUAUGUACCUGGACAUUUCUAACAACCAGCUUAGAUCUUGUUCCCCAGAAGCAAUAGUUAACCUUCCUCCAAGUAUCAAUGUGCUCAGGUUGGACUACAACCAGUUGAAUUAUUUCCCAUGGGGCAAUAUUUCAGUUCUAAAGCAGCUGUGUCACCUUAAUCUUAGUGGAAACCACCUAUCCAACCUGCCAGAUGGUAAUAACUUCUUUUCUAGCAAUCUAAGAAGCUUGGACUUAAGUCAUAAUCGACUAAAUGUUAUUCCAGAGUUAUUCUUCAGCAAAGCAACAAGCCUUGAAGAACUAAUGCUUAAUCACAAUCAGUUAAAGAUCUUAGAGAUGCAAGUUCUCCCUCCACCAUUUCGAAAAGGCAACACCACCUGUAACAUUCGUGAUUCAAAGCAUAGCAAAAACAGCUCUUGCAAGUUAACAUUACAUGCCAACCCCUUCACAUGUAGCUGUGCCACCUCGUGGUUUACUGAUUUUCUCCGGACCACUCCAGUGAAUAUCCCACAACUCACCACAGAUGUUCGAUGUGGUUUUCCGGAGUCACAGACUGGGAUAAACGUUCUUUCUAUUGACCCUCGAUCCUGCCAAGAGAUAUUUGGCAGUGUUGCAUUUCUCUGUACAGCUCUACUCACAAUAGCAGCAACUACAAUUCCUAUUUUGAGGCAUUUGUUUGGCUGGGAUCUUUGGUACUGUUUCCAGGUUUUGUGGGCAGGACACAAAGGCUACUCUCCAGUUCAUGGGACUAACAUGGUUAACAACCAAUAUGAUGCAUUUGUAGUGUUUGACACAAGGAACAAGGCAGUCAGAGAUUGGAUCUACAAUGAAAUGUUGAUAAACCUGGAGGGCAGAGGAAGAUGGCGAUUUCGGCUUUGUCUGGAAGAACGAGAUUGGGUACCAGGACUGUCCUGCAUAGAGAAUCUUCACAAUGCAGUGUACAACAGCAGAAAAACUUUGUUUGUACUAACUAAUCAAGGUGGUAGUGCUUCUAUAAACGGGAUGAUAAAACAGGCAUUUUUUCUGGUCCAGCAAAGGCUGCUGGAUGAAAAAAUUGAUGUUGCAGUACUGAUUCUUCUGGAUCCAGUUUUCCCUAAACUCAAGUACCUGGAGCUAAGAAAGAGGCUUUGCAAAAAGUCAGUUCUAUCCUGGCCCAAGAACCCUCGAACCCAGCCUCUCUUCUGGAACAAUUUGCAUAUUGCUUUAGCAUCUGACAAUGUGAGAGCCUAUGAUGAAAAUUUUAAAGAAAGCUUUUUGUCUUAUGAACUGUCAUGA